UGUCAGAUACGACCCAAUGAUUAAAGUGUUUCCACGUCUAACCAAAUGUACUUUCCAUCGAUACGGGUCUUCGGGAGACGUCCAGAAACACGACGCGAUGUGUAUUCUUCCCAUCAAUAUUGUCAACGAAAAGAUAUAUAUAUUUUUAUGGUUUUGGUUCUACUUCUUGGCGAUAAUUAGUUUCAUAGCUCUUGUCUAUCGUGUGAUCACAAUAUUUGUGCCGCGAAUCCGAUAUUUGGCGACUCAAUCGCGAUGUCUGUCCAAUCGGGACGCUUUGCACUCAGUGUGUAAUCAGUGCCAAAUUGGCGAUUGGUUUGUAUUGGAUUUACUGUCCAAGAACUUGGAUCCACUCAACUUCAAGGAUGUUAUCCUUGAUUUUUAUCGUCGUCUCGAAGGAAAGGGUGCGAACGGACUCUAA